GACAGUGUCCCUUGGCAGCCCGCGAGCUGCAGCAGCGAACAACAGUUGCUCAACACUGUUACUUUGCAAGCGAUGCUCUUUCUUCGCCCUUAAGGGAAUUUCCGUCUCGAGGACACAGCUUCGUAGAAGAAAGAUGUGUGUUUUACAAUAUGCUUUUGAGACAGAGGGUUCCAAGCAGAAGCUGAAGAUGCUCAGAAGAUGCCUGGCCUCUCUCUGCUUUGCUAGCCCCCCACCUUCCUGCCGGACUGAGUGACGUGAUACGCAGAGGGAUGCCUUAGUUGACGUCGUUCCUCAUCCGGGGCUGUCUGUGAGAGGUUGCGUACAUUACUCAAGAUGGCUAGCCAGCUGCCCGAAGACCCUGCGGAGGGCCAGGUCCCCGACGAGCUGGAGUGUAAGAUCUGUUACAACCGCUACAAUCUGAAGCAGAGGAAGCCCAAGGUGCUGGAGUGUUGUCACAGGGUUUGUGCCAAAUGCCUCUACAAGAUCAUAGACUUCGGGGACUCCCCACAAGGUGUCAUCGUGUGUCCCUUCUGCAGGUUUGAGACAUGCCUGCCAGAUGACGAAGUCAGCAGCCUGCCGGACGACAACAACAUCCUUGUGAACUUGACUUGCGGAGGCAAAGGGAAGAAGUGCCUGCCAGAGAACCCCACGGAGCUGCUGCUCACCCCCAAGAGGCUGGCCUCCCUCGUCAGCCCUUCCCACACAUCCUCCAACUGCCUGGUGAUAACAAUCAUGGAGGUUCAGAGGGAGAGCUCCCCGUCUUUGAGCUCCACCCCUGUGGUGGAAUUCUAUAGGCCAGCAAGCUUCGACUCUGUUACCACGGUGUCCCACAACUGGACAGUGUGGAACUGCACCUCCCUCCUCUUCCAGACGUCCAUCCGUGUGCUAGUGUGGCUGCUGGGCCUGCUCUACUUCAGCUCCUUGCCCCUGGGCAUCUACUUACUGGUGUCUAAGAAAGUCACCCUCGGCGUUGUCUUUGUCAGCCUUGUCCCGUCCAGCCUUGUCAUUCUGAUGGUGUACGGGUUUUGCCAAUGUGUAUGUCAUGAGUUUCUGGACUGUAUGGCACUGCCUUCUUAAUCAAUAAGCAAGACAGGAGACUUGACACACAGGCCAUGUUCAAAUGAUGUAUGUGUGUGUAACUGACUUUCUGUUACGUUCUCUAUGCUGGGUAUCUGUGGCAUUAACACAGCCCUUGGCCAUACAUUUGUGGUCUGUUUUCCAUCCAGAUGUUGACUUGAUGGGCUUUUCUGGCUGCUGGAAGUCAACACAUGCUCAUUUUUAUGUGGGGUUAACCAAGAAGUACAGCCUUCAUGGAGGCUUCCCUGAGCAAAGGCAGGACUUCAGCCAGUGCUUCUAGAGAGUUGCCAGCUGAGGUGUGUCAUGCAGGGUCUCUGUGGAAAGGUGGAUGUAUGGGUUUUUCCUCUCACAGUUAUGGGGAUUCCAUGAUGGGGGUGAGAUGCCACGUGGGUGUGAAGGGUGUGGCAACGGGGUCCCAGGUCAUCUCCAGGUGCUUCCUCUCUUCAGGUAAUGCCACUCCUGAGGUCUCCUGCACCCUCAGAUCCCUGUCCCCUGUGUGUGCUGUCCCCUGCUAUGAGGACACUCGGCUGUGUUCCCUUGGUUCCAGUUGAAUUCCUGUUUUGUCAUGUUGCUGAUGGGGAUGGAAAGCACCAAGGACUUUGCACGAUGUAGACUUCGAGGCAGAACAUGAGCACUUGAACAUAACCCAUCUGUGUUGUCCUCUCUUCCCAGGAUUCUCUGAGAAUGGAGAACGACCUUCUCAUACAACACUUAUUGUUCAUGGAAUCCUUCCUUAAAGCACCCCAACUUUGUUUUUUAAGCACAUUUCUCAAUCAGCUCACACCUUCUCCUAAACAAAGUUCCAUUUGAGCCGAUGCUGGCAGUGUGCGAAUGCUCUUUUCUUUCUUAUGUUUCCCCGACUGUGCCCAUGAAAGCGCAGAGGGAGGCUGCCAGAUGCUCUCGCCACAGCUCGUGGCACUGAGGACCCGUGUGUCCUGCAGUACUCUGUUGAGUUGUCCCAGAGCACAGUGGUUCUGGUUUCUGUGAAGACUGUGCAUCGUAGAAGUGCAGAGGGAGAGACAUGUGAACCUGGUGCCCUGUUUGCAAAGAUCCUUCCAGGGAGGAAAGUGCAGGUGACAGUGUACCUGUGGCCAUUCAGUCAGUUUUGGAAUAGAUUCAAAUUCUUAACUGUAUUUCACAUAAAAGCAUAUGUCAUGUGGCUUGAAGUAAUGAACUCCUUUUUACAAGGCAAGGGAGGUUGAAUGUAUAUACCUAUGAGAAGAAGUUGUCUAGCAGCUUUUAGAUUUGGGAAAGUAGAAUGUUCACAGAAACUAGGCAAAAAGAAUUAAAAAAGCCUUUUUAUUCCCUAAGUGAUGACUAAAAUUGAAAUAUUUGUAAUGCUUAGAAAAGGGCAUUAUUGAGACUACUUUAACUUGUUUGUGGUGAAAUAUUUGUUGUGCAGAAUAGUUACAGUGAGACAGUUCCAACCACUUUAUUAAGGAAAAUUUGAUACUUAUCUAGAGUAGCAGUUUGGUUUUAAUUAUAUAACUUUUAACUUUGAGAACAUGUAUGCGCAAGGUAAGAAUGAUGAGAGUCCGUGUGGGGUGUGGUCCAACUAAAUGUAAGCCCCAGGAGAGAGCAAAGUACAUUUAUGAUUCCAGAGAAUCUAGUUUUAGGUAGUAUUGUGACUGUAACUUCCAGAAAUUUGUUUGUACUUUGAGUAAAUAUUUGUGGUUUGGAUUUAUAUAUUUAUAAAGUUUUUUUUUUAAAAAAGGCUUACUUUGUCUGAAAUGUAACAUUGAAUAAAUUGGUGAAUUUUCAUAGGAUGAGAUUUCCAGAAAGCUCUGGGAUGGGCACUACGUGGUUUGCUUCUUUGUACAAUGUCUACAGUGCUAAACUCACGUUUCUGUGUAUCAUGGCAGUCUUUUCUUUGUUGCCAGUAAGUUGGGCUGGUUUUAAAGAGUUUUAAAUGUGUGGAGAUAACAACUACAGAAAACCACCACUGUCCAUGCUGUUGAAUGAACAAGGGCGGUGUGAUAAUACUGCAUCCCAUGUGCCGAUGUCCUCUUGUCUAUUAAAUUGUUGUUAUUUCUAAACGA